AUGGAGUUUUUGCAAGUUCUGGAGGAACCUAUCAACAUGGAGAUAGGUACUGUGAGGUGUUGCCUUGACAACCAAGUACUGUGGUUGUCAAGAGAAAGUUCAAGAAAAUUAGAUUGGAGAAAUAUCCACCCACUUCCACAUAUUGUAACUACUUGGAAAUUAAAGGUGGGAUAUCAGAGGUUGAUAUCUACUGGGAAGCAUUCACUGAACCAUGUCUUCUGGAGAAGACAUUCAAUUCACACUAGUUUGGAGGAAUCAUCAUCUGUUCAGGGAGAAACUUACAGUGGAAAUGAUGAAUAUGCACAUAAAGAUUCGCAGGAGAAUCAUCUUUCUCAACCUUUAAGAAGUAAUGAGUUGAAGUCACUGCUGGCUGAUUCUGAAAGAACAAAGCUUGUAAAAAAACUAAGUGAAGCCAAUCAACAAAAUCGGUUCCUCAAACGACAGUUGCAUAUAAAGGAGGAUGCGUUGGUGAACUUCAAAAGUGAACUUGCUGUCUUGGAACUUGAAAUUCAGGCUUUGGUGAAAUUGGCAGAAGAAAACACUAAAUCUUUCAUUCCACAAGGUUCAAGAAAGAUUAAUGGGAAAUACAUUCAGUCUCACCUUCUUUCCCGUUUAGAAGCUGUACAUGAAAAGUUGAAGGAACAGAUAAAGGAUGUCGAUGCUGUACAAUCCAAGGAGGUUCCCCUAUUUUGGUAUGGCAUGGCUGAGAGUGUGCAAGUUAUGGGCACUUUCGAUGGUUGGAGUCAAGGAGAACAUUUAUCAUCGGAGUAUACCGGUUCUUUCACCACGUUCUCGACAACAUUAAUGCUCAGACCUGGAAGGUAUGAAAUCAAGUUCUUGGUGGAUGGAGAAUGGAAGCUGUCACCAGAAUUUCCUACAGUUGGUGAAGGAUUAAUGAAAAAUAACUUGUUAAUCGUGGAAUAG